AUGAUAUUCAACAACACUUUCGAACGUGGUAUAAUAAGAUUCGAAGAUCGCAUACUGUCAACAUCAUUCGAUAUGAACGACGAUCAUAAUGAAUGUACAUGUGAUCAUCGACCAUAUAAGGAUCCAUCACAAGUUUGGUCGUUACAGCGAGCCGUAGCCGUUGCAUUAAAUCGUUUUUUAGAUAAAUCAUGUACAAUCGGUGAUUUUGGCUGCGGCCUCGAUGAUCGUUUAUCAUAUCAUCGACGUCAAUAUCGUCGCCAAUUAUCUGAAUAUGCGGCCAACGACUGUCUUGCUGUCACCCAGUUGUUUCAAAUAAUUUCCCAAAGAACGACAACCGUGACUACAAGUAAUCAUGUAUCGGCAUCUGUCAUAGUGCCUUCUGCCUCUGCUUUACUUUUAGAUUCAACAUCACCUCAUCCAACGUCAACAUCACCUCAUCCAACGUCAACGUCA